UGUUUAUCAACCCUCCUUGCCUACGUCUGCUUGCUGAGGUCAGUUUUACGCGAUGAGCGGCCUCGUUCUGCAAGAGAAGCCAGGUGUUGCGCCGCAGGUUACACUAUACGCCAACUACUGCCUCGUGGCUGCCCUCACUGUAUGUUUGUAUGACCAUUGCCUCGUCAUCGAGCAAGAGAUCGAGUUCGUAUGGCGCCGACGCAACUCGCCCGCGUCUGUAUUCUACGUGCUCCUGCGCGUGGUGACGCUCUGCAACUUCGGCCUACUCAUGGUCAAGGACUUCACGAGCAUGGAUUGCCAUAGUGCGCGCCCGGUAGUCCUCGCCCUCAGCAUCGUCGUUAUUCUCUACGUCACGAUACUAGCAGGAAUAUCCGCAUUACGAGUAUAUGCGAUCAGUGGCCGGGACUGGCGCCUCCCAGUUCUCAUCCUCCUACUGCUGCUCCUUCGAGUUUCUUUUCUCGUAUUCAACUACGUCUCCCUGACGUCCAUCCCUGUGCCUCUGCCCUUAGGCUGUAUUCUUACAGACUUAACAUCUGCACUGAAACCAUACCUUACCGUGUCAUUAGUCGCCUCGAUCGCCGCAGAUAGCGUGGUGAUUUUCGAGACCUGGCGUCAAACCUAUCGUGUCUAUCGUAUGACCCGCCGCGACCACAUACAAGCCCCGCUCACGGCUCUGCUCAUGCGCGAUGGGACGAUCUAUUUCGGGGUGGUCAUCAUCAUCGAUUGCUUAGACCUCAUCUUCGGAUGCUUCACGGCGCAUAAUUUCGAUGGGUUCUAUUAUAUCGGCACUGCACUCAUAUGUAUAGUGCUAUCGCGUUUCGUCCUCAACCUGCGAGAGGCAAGCCUCGGCGAGCCCGCCAGAACCACAAGCUCUAUCCUGCCGACACUGUCAUCGGACAUCCGCUUCCCGUCGGGACUGGACGCAUUCGGGUCUAUGCUGUCCGAUAUCCUGGAUGACGAUGUCUCUCUGGACGAAGAUUGGUUCAUGGAUGACGAUGAAGACUAGCGAGGACGUUGCUCUCGCAACCCUCCGGGGCAAGUACAGGAGAUCGCCGUGGGCAAGGCGUUUCCGCGCAUAUAGUACCCGUGCCCGAGCCAGAUAACCCCGUCCACGGCUGCACGGCCUGCUGUCAUUUCUUGGAACCGCGCCGCUGUAUAGCGUGGAUACGGUCACGUAGAUGGCACACUGGCAGUGCAGCAGAUGCUUUUUGAUUGCUGGAGGAACCUAGAGAUACCCAACAUCCACGCAC